AUGACAUCGAUGGAUCAUAUCGCCUUUGAUUCAGUUUUCCACGUAGAAAUCGGAUAUAUAAAACGAGGAAAUUUCGAUAAACUCAAAGUAGGGCAAAGAGAGUACAACAUGACUUUUAUUUCGUCUUUCCUACUCGUUUGCCUUUUGACAACUGCACUUGGAAGUCCAUCAUUCCAAGUGCCUGAAGUUUUCCCUCAAAAAGAAUCAUGGAAUAAUGAAAUCAGUGGUCGAAUCGUUGGUGGCUCCGACGCAGAUGAAGCCGCUUUUCCUUAUCAAGUUUCUCUUCAGAUAAAUGGAAACCAUUUCUGUGGUGGUUCUAUUAUCCACCAAAAGUGGAUUAUGACAGCAGGACACUGUCUUUCAGGGGCUCAAGCAUCUAAAAUUACGGUUGUUGUUGGUACAAAUGAUUUAACACGUGGAGGAACCCGAUACGAAGCUAAACGAUUGGUUGUUCACCCCAACUUCAGUAUGGCGAAAAUAACUGGCGAUGUAGCUUUAAUUGAACUUGCAAGUGCUGUUACUUUUUCAAAAUCUGUAAGCUCAAUUGCCCUCCCAACUUCUGACAUUACUAAGGCUCACACACAUGUUGUUGUAUCUGGAUGGGGAAAAAAAUCAGUAUUUGGUGGUGUUUCGCCAAAGUUGCAGUAUUUGAAUGUUAAAACUGUCUACCAAAGAUUUUGUAGCUUUUUAAGCAACUUGGUAACCGAGAAGAACAUUUGCACAAUUAGCAAAUUCGGAAAAGGAAUGUGCAAUGGUGAUUCUGGCAGUCCAGUUGUUGCGCAUGGCGUUCAAUUUGGAAUUGUUUCAUGGGGACUUCCUUGCGCUUUGGGAGUGCCUGAUGUCCAUACUCGAGUUUACAGUUACGUAGAUUGGAUCAAUGGUUAUGUGAACGCUCAAGAGGAGUCAUGA